ACAGGCGCAAGAAGCGCGAAGCGGGCCGGAGCUGCAGGAGAGGCCAUGGCCGGAGAAUGACUGACGUGGAAAGUGUCGGGAGCGAGUAACAAAACUUCGGGGGGGGGAAAUAUAAAGAGUCUCGAUCGUAAAGAAAACCAAACAAUCACCCCCCACCGCUUCCCCUCCUGUGAGCUCCCGGAGGAGGUUCGACCGGCCGCGGCACGAUGAGUCUGGACAGAGCCGAGCUCUGCGACUCGCUGUUGAACUGGUUACAGACGUUCCAGGUGCCGUCAUGCAACAGCAAGCAGGACCUGACCAGUGGAGUGGCCAUCGCACACGUGCUGCACAGAAUAGACCGCUCUUGGUUUAAUGAGACGUGGCUAGGCAGGAUCAAGGAGGAGAACGGGGUCAACUGGCGCCUCAAGGUCAGCAACUUGAAAAAGAUCCUCAAGAGCAUGCUGGAGUAUUAUCAUGAUGUGCUCGGUCAUCAGGUGUCAGAUGAGCACUUGCCAGAUGUUAACCUUAUCGGAGAGAUGGGCGAUGUCACUGAGCUGGGCAAGCUGGUACAACUUGUACUCGGCUGCGCUGUCAGUUGUGAGAAAAAACAAGAGCAAAUUCAGCAAAUAAUGACACUUGAGGAAUCGGUCCAGCAUGUUGUGAUGACAGCCAUUCAGGAGCUCUUAUCAAAAGAACCUUCAUCUGAACCAGGAAGCCCAGAGACCUACGGGGACUUCGACUACCAGUCCAGGAAGUAUUAUUUUCUGAGUGAGGAGGCAGACGAGAAGCAGGACCUGAGCCAGCGCUGUCGAGACCUGCAACAUCAGUUGUCAGUGGCGCUGGAGGAGAAGUUGUCCCUUCAGGGGGAGACUCACGCUCUGAAGGAGAAGCUGAGCCGCCGCGACUCUCUGGACAUCUCCACCAUCACUGGCAAGAAGCUGCUGCUGCUGCAGAGUCAGAUGGAGCAGCUUCAGGAGGAGAACUACAGACUGGAGAACAGCAGAGAUGACAUGCGUGUGCGGGGAGAAAUUUUGGAGCGGGAGGUGACCGACCUGCUGCAUCGUAACGAAGAGCUGACCAGUCUGGCGCAGGAGGCCCAGGCCUUCAAAGACGAGAUGGAUAUUCUCAGGCAUUCGUCUGACCGGGUGAACCAGCUCGAAACAAUGGUGGAGACGUACAAGCGGAAGCUGGAGGAUCUGGGAGACUUGCGCCGACAGGUGCGCCUCCUGGAGGAGCGCAACACUGUGUACAUGCAGCGCACCUGCGAGCUGGAGGAGGAGCUCCGCAGGGCCAAUGCCGUCCGCAACCAGCUGGACACCUACAAGAGACAGGCUCAUGAGCUUCACACCAAGCACUCGGCAGAGGCCAUGAAAGCUGAAAAGUGGCAGUUUGAGUACAAGAACCUUCACGACAAGUAUGACGCACUGCUGAAAGAGAAAGAACGUCUGAUCUCAGAGAGGGACACACUGCGGGAGACGAACGACGAGCUCCGGUGUGCACAGGUCCAGCAGAGGUGUCUCAGUGGAGCAGGAGGCUUGUGUGACAGUGAUGUCACAGUGGGAAACCUUGCUGCAGAGAUCAUGCCUGCUGAGCUCAAGGAAACAGUGGUGCGUCUGCAGAGUGAAAACAAGAUGUUGUGCGUCCAGGAGGAGUCAUACAGGCAGAAGCUAGUGGAGGUGCAGGCUGAGCUGGAGGAAGCUCAGCGCAGCAGGAACACCCUGGAAACUCAGAACAGGUUGAACCAGCAGCAGAUCUCAGAGCUGCGCUCUCAGAUCGAGGAGCUCCAGAGAGUUCUCCAGGAGCAGGACGGCAAGACUGAAGAUGCGAUCUCGUCCUUACUGCAGAAAAAGCUUGAGGCACACUUGGAGAAGCUCCACGAAGCUCACACAGAUCUUCAAAAGAAAAGAGAGGUCAUUGAUGACCUCGAGCCCAAAGUGGACGGCAACAUGGCUAAGAAGAUAGAUGAACUCCAGGAGAUCCUGCGGAAGAAGGACGAGGACAUGAAGCAGAUGGAGGACAGAUACAAACGCUAUGUGGAGAAGGCGAGAACGGUGAUCAAAACCCUGGAUCCCAAGCAGCAGCCGGUGACUAGGACUCCUGACAUUCAGGCUCUGAAGAACCAGCUGACGGAGAAGGAGAGAAGGAUCCACCACCUGGAGCAUGACUUUGAGAAGAACAAAGUCAGACAUGACCAAGAGGAGAAACUCCUCAUCGCUGCGUGGUACAACAUGGGGAUGGCGUUGCAUCAGAAGGUGUCCGGCGAGCGGCUGGGACACUCCAACCAGGCCAUGUCCUUCCUGGCCCAGCAGAGGCAGUCCACCAACGCCAGGAGAGGCCUGACGCGACACCACCCGAGAUAAAAAAAAAAAACAACCUCCCAAGCAGGAGAACGAACGAACCAGAUAAAAAUGAUCCACGGCGACCUCGUCUGAACUCCCAGUAACUUUGCCUUAAUGCCUUGACGUGGUCACUGCGCCUCAAGAGUAUUUUAUUUUCCAUGCUGCUGCUGCCCCCUGCUGGCUCUUAAUGGUACAAGAGGAAAACAUUUUUUUAAAAUUUUCUCUGGAGCCUCAGAGGAAGAAGGUACUACUGUGUCUAACUGCUGUUAAUUACAUACAGAGUUAACCCCAACGAAACAGAAAUGACUUGGGUCGGAGGAGUUGUAGAGCCUGAAAAGAGGCUCUCACCUUUUAAGGUGACUUGUUUCCUCUGUAGCCUCUCGGACGUGCUCUUGUUUCUUUAAAGGUCUAUUUUAAAUCCUUUUUUUUUUUUUAAAUAUAUUUUAGCGUAUACAAUAGGAUGGAAUGUGAUCUAGUUUUGUCAAGGUUAUGACUUAAAUGUGCUAGACGGGGAGGGGUUACCAUGGGUGAUAUAUUUACUAUUGUAAAUGCUUAAGAGGACACAAAACUACACAAGUUAAUCACACUAGCCGUCAGCAGACCUCUUUGGUUUUGUUCAUUUGGUUAGAAUUUUCUCUUGGCUUUAAUUUUUGUCUCUUUUAGAUCAUGUUUGUUGUUGAGGUUUCUUUUGUUUUGAUUCAAAGGACAAACUGUCAAGAUCAUGAGGUUUGUUUGAUGGCUCUAGUCUUGUUUUACUGUUGUUGUCACUCGAAUAUUUUUCUCUAAACGUAAUAUUCGUCAGAAGAAUUUAUUGGAAUUCUCACAAGAUACACCAAAGCACUUUCUUUCUAGAAGGGUGGGUUUGUCUGGUGCCUCGCUCAACACUGGAUGAUACAACAGAAGAAACCCGACUGUUGAGAUAUCUGCCGUUAUUCUCCCCGUCUCAUUUGGCAAAAAAUACUUUUUAUUUAAAGAAUACUGUAGGUUCUCUUUCAUGCGUCAGGUGAUGAUGAAAGUCUGCAUAUGAUUUUCUCAACGAUGUUCUCAUUUGUUGCUAAUGAUUUAGAUUUUUUUUUUUCUCAUUCCCUUUCGUGUCCUCCGCCCAAAGAUUGAAGUAGGGUGUUGGUUGCGGGUCGGACCUAAUUGCACUCACCACUUUACACUGAUGUGAACAGAGGCAACUGAAGGGCCUUUUAGUUCAUCACAAAGGCUGAGUCCCUAAUUAUGAUAACACUAAGAAUAAUUACUUGGUUAAUAGCUGAAACCUCGACUGAACUGGAAGGAACAUAAUCAUCAACACACUGGAAUUCUUUUGUCGUCUGUUGAUAGGAAGUCAGUAGAAGGCGUCUGCCUUCAUCCUCCUACUGGUUGAUUUUCCUCUUCAGCAGACGCAGUGACUUCAGCGUGUCCCAUAUCAGAGCUGCUGUUUUGUGACUUCUUCUUGGUCCUUGUAAAUGUUAGUGCUAUGAUCUACACAGACCAGAGUCCUGCUGUUGUGUGCUCAAGUUUUUUCUACUGAUGUUCCAUUGUUUUGCAUUCAUAUUCAUGGUGUUAUGUUAUUAUCUUUGCCACACAUUUGCAUGGCUGGAUGGGUUUAACUUUUUAUUUGGUUGUCAGCGUUCGUCUCAAUGGUCUAGUAGAUUAUAGCAUACUGUAUUUCACAUGGGGAUCUGAGGCGAGUUAAAGAUUUGUAGUCCUGUAAGCUCUUACUUUUGCACUACAAAUAAAUGGGAUCUUAAGAA